GUGAGUCAAGUACAGCCGUGUGUAGCAUAGAAGUCGAAUAACUGCCGUAAGCACGAACAGCACUAAAAUAAACAAAAACGCAAAUUUCAUUCAUACAAGCAAAAGUUUGCUUCAAUUUGUUGCUACAUGCAACUGCAGAAAUAACAACCAACAUACACGUUUGUCAGCAAGUGUCUUUGUGUGCAUUAGAAACAACUCGGUGCAACCGCUGCACUCACUGCGCCAAGUCUGCCAGUCAGCCGCCCGUUCUUCAACGUUAGCCGAGCACUUUUACCGAAAACCACAUGCAUACAUAGAUAUCCAACAACCUUCACCAGCCACCAUCGGCUGGAAUAGCAACAGACACAGCAGCAGCAGCAGCACCGGUUGCGGUUUAUUUCGCAAUUCGCAAUUCGCAAUUCACUCUCAGUCGAUAUUGGUCGCUUGUAUGGCGCAGUUAGUUGGAUUCUUACUCUUCUUCACUCUGCUGGCUAAACUGCAGUCGUCGUCCGAGUGGAAAAGUGUAAAGUGCGAAAUUUUAAAUGGGCCAAGCACACUAAAGCAUACGACGUACUAAUUUACAUAUUUGGGUUUUGCAUGCAUGCGUGAGUGCGUACCAGCGUGAAGACUAAAGUACAGCGAUCAGAAGCAACCAACAUUGCAUAAUUACAACAAUAAAUAAACUGAAAAGUUUCGAUAUCAUAAAAAAUAUCCGAUCGAAAAUCAACGAAAAGGCAGCUUUUCAAUGAAAUCAGCUACAUAUGAACUAACAUAUUUAGCGAUUAAGCAAAUUUUUCUGAUUGAAUAAUAUUCUGGAACUGAGCAUAGUCGCCUGAAAGCUUAAUUAUAACAAGCACCUUAUCACAAAAAACGCUGUGCCAUAAAGCCGGCAACUCGAAUAUUCCUAUCUUCAUACAAACUUACAUUUGGGACUAUCGACGCAACUUCUGCGUUUGCAUUAUUACCGUACAACACACCCAUAAAAUUGGCCAAUCAGCAUUAACCAUAGCAACAUAAAUAAAGAGCGAGAGAGAGCGUACGUGGUUGAGAGCCAUAUGAAUUAAAACGAAUUCCUUAUUUUCUGAGUACACCGCAAGUAGAAGUAUCUGCGCUUAAAAACUCAUCAAAAAACUACUUAAAAAUUCUCAAAUAAAAAUCUUAUCGACGCGAAAAUCGAAUAAAAUAGAAAAGUCGCAAAAAAUAACUUCAAAAGUGCCACAAGCGGGCACCUAAAAACUUUCGUCAACUGAGGCAACCUCUUCUUAUCGUCAAUUAACGAUUCUCUACAGGCGUCGAGUUGUGUGUGUAAAAGCCAAAAUUUAAACAUUUACUAUGUGUAAAAAUAACUGUUGUAAAGUAGCGUAAAUACACGCCACCAAAGAGGAGUCACCCACACACACACACACCCACACCGCACACAACAAACCCCCCAUGCUAAGAUAUCGGCUGGUGUCGACACAUUUCCUCAAACAGCCGUAGAUUGUGUACCGCCGCCAAGCCAGCUAAGCAGAGACGAGUCUAGCCGAGUCGCGUCAGCGAGCGCGAAACGAGUGCAACACGAAAAGAACACCAACAACAAAUACAUUACGAGCAACAUAUAUACAAAUACAAACACUAAUACAUCCCCACUUACACACACACACACAGCGACAUAAACUACGUAGACUAGUACGCCAGGUGCCAAAAGUGCGUGUGCGUGUCAAGCGCCCGUUCAGAGAGGAGACGAGAGAGAGAGAGAGAGAGCACGCAAGCAAGGGCGUGGGGAAGCAAGUCAAAGCAGGAAGGCCAACAAGGAGAUUGUGUGAGAGGAGAGUGCCAUAAAAGGCACGCGUGCGUUCGCGCUGAGCUAAAGAAAGAGAGAUAGAGAGAGAGAGGAAGAAAAAAGAAUACUUACAGCAGCAAGCCAAUUAGUAGGCACAACGCCUGAAAGCCUAAAAGCUUACUACAUAUUUAGUAGUGCAGUUAAAGAAACAAAACAUUGCGGGCGGCGUUAGGUUUGCAAUAUUUCUGUGGAAAUUCGCCAGCUGCGUUUGUGAUCGCCAGCAGCGGUUUUGUAUUGCAUUUGUCGAAUUGUAUUACCGGAUAAUCCGACUAGCAGCCGUUUGGCAAGCCGACAGCCUUUUCGAUUGUGUCACCGCCCCUCAGUGUAAGUUUGUCCGCCGUUCAAUCAAUAAAACGCCACAUCGUUAGCCUCAAGCUAGACAUUUUGGUUUAAAGCAUUUAGCCGGCAACAACCGCAAAGAAUUUGGUAGCGGAAAGUGGAUUAAUAGCGGAAAACGCCUAAAAUAAAUCCAGUGUAAGGAUUUGAAUGCGAAGUGAUUAGCUAUCGAUUGUUUAAUUGAGCGAUUAUCAUAAAGACAAUCUGGCUCGCACUACUUCCGUGUUAACGCAGUAAUUUUCUGGCGAUCCUACUUUCAAUCGCCAGUAGCAGCAGCAGCAGCUGUAGUCGCACUCUUAUUUGGUGGCUAGAUUCUUUUAGAGGUUACACACAGGGCUGUGGUGACUUCUUCUCAACUGGCUCUGUAACUUUUGCCACAACGUAUUCGCUAAAAGUUUUCCGUUUAUUCGGUACGAACGACAACAAUUUGAGCAGCGAAAAUGUGCAGAGAUCGCGAUAUGAUUUUGCCAUAGAUCAACAGAAUCGCCAAUACAAAGUGAAGAAAAAAAUUAAGCUCAAGUAAACAGUGUGCUGAUGUACGAGUGCAAGAAAGUGAACAAAAAACGGGAGUGAAAGAAAAAGACGCCGAGGGCUUUAAGCAGAUAGCAAAGAUACUGCCACUGAGUUCAAUUCUUACGCGUUAUGGCUCAGAUUGCUGACAGAUUUGCAGAUGUGAAGAGUAUGUGAUAACGAUAGUGCACAAGUGAAAGCCGAUAAAUACCGUACUCAAAAAAGAAGAAAACAAGCGCUACUUAAGAAAGUUUGAGGCAUUAAAACGCUUUACGAAAGAGCUACUAAGUUAACCGAAAAAUUUUGAAGUAGACUUUCUUUUCUACCGCUUACUACCGCUAUCGAUAAGUCGAUAAAAUACACUUAUCUCUUACUACACAUAUCGUAAGCUAAAGGAUACGCUCGCAAUCUAUGUCUAAACAAUUUUUCGUAGUGUAACGGUUAACUCGAGUUUUGUCGUGCGCGUACACACACAUUUAGCAAUGUGACUGUUAAGCGUCGAUGUUUGUUUCACUAAGUGCUAAAUUCUUUGGCCGGCAAUCGAUUUAUUGUUCGACCGGUAUAAGCUGCGUGCGUAUUUUGCCAAUAUCAGCAACAAAGGCGUGUUAUUCUGCGCGUGGGAUAGUGAAGAAGAGUUGAAGCGUGCAUGAAAACUGUGUGCAGGACUUUUUAAGGGCGAGACGAAAAACCAAACGACAAAAAAAAAUUAAUAUAGGAAUAAUCAAACGCUUUAUGCGUUAUUUAGUUUGAGUGUUUUGUGUGAAAAAAAAAUAAAAAAUAAAAUAGUACUAUAAUUGCACCCAAUAAUUGCAUACAACAAAUUCGUUUGCUGGUGUCAAGCGGAUAACUGUAAACGUGCAAGGAUUUCAAGAAAAAGCGGCAAGAUUGAAGACUUUGCGAGGAACUUUUGGAAGUCUAUUAAGGCUUGUGUUUGCGGCAUGCGCCAUCCUACCACAGGACUUAGCGAAGACGACCUCAGUCGUCUCACUGGUUCAUCCUCAUCGACAGCAUCUUGCGACAGCAAUUCAUCAUCCUCCUCUUCGUCAUCAUCGUCUUCUUCUUCGUCAGCGGCGAAUACGCCCGCCCAUAAGGAGGGCGUUGACGAGUGCGCUCAUCACACACUCGCCACGCUCACUAGUCCUGAUAAAGCGACCAAUAAUACAUUAGCCCUGGUCGCUAGCACACUUAAGCAAAAUAAUAACAAUAAUAAUAUCAUCAACAUUAGCCACAAUAAUAAUAACAACAACAACGGCACGCACUCGAACACAACAUCAUCACGCUUUAGUUCUACAUAUCUACCCGAACUGAUUAAUCCAUUGGAAUGGCAAAAAUCACGUAAGCGCAAAGAGCGCCUAGACAGCACCUCAUCUGUGACGCAAGAUCGCAAAUUGCAACGCUCUAACAGUGAGGAGCUCCUAACGCAAGAACAGCAAGCGCCUUCUGCUGGCAGCGCAGAUGCUCUGAACGCCGGCAGUAAUGCUUUGAAAGCGAUAAAGAGCGCAGAGGUGAUUAGACGCGUCUCAUCGGAGGAUUUCAAGAAGACCGCCUCCUAUGCAAUAUAUGAACAAGAAUUGCGUGAAGCAGCUGAAUGCCGCGCUGCCGACUUAAAACAGAGCCAACUGCAGCAACAACACCAACAGCGCGCCGCCAAUGAGAAUGACGGUGCGUUGGCCAAUCGUCAGCGUCAUCAGCAGCAACAAAACAAUCAACAAACGCAACAGCAGUCAGCAGAGGAGUCAACGGCCGCGCCUGUCUAUCGCGACUCGUGGAUAACCGGCCCCACCAAAGACAUGACGCGUCGCUCACGCUACGAAACUAGCCCGGCGCGCUCGCAGCGUUUUUCGCCCAUACGCAGCAAUGGCGCUGCUAAUGGCAAUGGAAGGCAUCGUGACAGCGACGAUAGCGAAUGCGAGCAUGAGCGGCGCCGCAGCAGUGAGCGUUCGUGCAAAUCACGACUGCCACCCGGUCGCAAGGUGGGCGUUGUAAAGAAGAGCAGCGGUAACGCUGCGGCAAGUAGCGCCGCAAAAUAUUUGGCCUCUUCCAAGCGCGGCGACGAAAACUCAGCUUACAAAUACGACUUGUCUACGCUCAAGUAUGAGCGACGCGGUUUCAUUAGCAAGAAAGGCACAGCAGCUAAUGCUGGCAACAGCAGCAGCAGCAGUGCCAAUGGCAACGAGAAAACGGCCAGUGAUCACAAUGACAAUAAUCUAAUCGACUUCCAUCAGCAGCCACACAAACAUACCCCACCAACGGCGCAACCACAAAUGCAGCCGCCUGCAUCGACGCAAUUGCAGCUUAAAAGCGUGAAUGGCAUCGCAACGUCAACGGCAGUCAAAGAGGACAAGCCGAACGUAGCAGCAGUUGCAGCGCCGCAGAGCGUCAAGCAUUCGAAUGCCAUUAGCAGCGCCUGCAGCAGUGUGCCGCUAACCGCCGCGCAAGAGGCUUUGCCUUGGGGCCGCAGCGUACCCGAAGAUGCCACACCGAUGCUAAGUCGACGCUAUGCGCCCGCGCGCCAUCACCCCAUCGACCAUCUCGACACGGCCGCCAAGCUCUCAAAAGUUAUGCCCUAUCCACAGCAGUUCCACAAACAAUCGGCAGUGCAGCGUUUCGACGACGAUAUGGAUUGUAUGGAAUCGCUCAGCACUUUCCGUGCCUUUACCUCGCGCGAUGUCAUGGAGCAAGUCAUACCCGCCAUGAUGUCCUUUCAAUCACCCGAAGAGCGACUCAAGCAGGUCAACAAGCGAUUGACGGCGUUAAAGAAGAAGCUGGUGCAACUAGAAGAGGCUUACGAAAUGCGCGUUGGCUAUCGUCCCUCACAGGCAGAACGCAUGAACGACAAAUAUAUGAAGAAUAUACUGGCAGAGUUAACUAAGUUGCGCAAAGAGCGACAGGAGUUGAAGGCCGAUCCGAUGAGCGCGUUGGGCAUGAAAGUCAGCGGCGGCAUGGAUUCGUCUAUGAAGUUGGAGAAGAUGAAGGCUACGCUGCAGGAAAUUGAACAGAGCCUCUCCGACAAGCGUGAGGAUACCAAUCGCUCCGAGUCGCUUGACGAACUCAACGCCGAUCAGCUGGUGCAGGAGAAGAGUGCCGUACAGCAUGGUCUACUCUACUUUGAAUCGCUCUAUGGCCGUCCUUCUACCAAGGAUGAACGCGAUGCGGCACGACCCCUCUACGAUCGCUACCGCCAGCUCAAGCGUAUGGUGUUGCGCAGUGUAAUGCAAUCGGGCAGUGCCAUCGCCGGCGCACCUGAAUUGCCAACCAUACUAGAAAAUGAGGCAAUGGUCUUCGAAUUCACACCACACCAACUGUCUUCGGCCAAUAGCACUGAAUCGAAUACGCCCAGCGAUACAGCGACGGCGCCAAAUGCAUCAUCCGAUGACUCGACCACCACCACAACUGGUGUCACAGCUGAUGCAACGGCAACAACGGCACAGGCCACACACACGACGUCAGCUAGCGCCAGCGAAAAUAUUAGCGCGCUAAAUCUCGAACAAUUGUGGGAACAUUUGGAGAAGACACGCGAAGAGAAGAGGCUACUCAAGCGUACCAUACGCGAGUAUGAGACUAUUUUUGAGGAGCAAAACGGCCGUAAGAUGCUGAAGAAUGAUCGAAAGACCAUCGAAGAGACAUAUGCGCAGUACAAGGAGAAAAAGGCGAAGACACGUUUGUUGCAGGAACUUAUCAAGAAGCAGAAGCGCACGGUCGCCUAAGUGGAAUGUUGGAGAUGGAGGUGAAUGGUGGGACAAAAAGCGCUUUGGCGAGAGCUGCGUUGGUUAUCAACAAUAUUUGUAAUUGGAACGGCUGCUGGCGCGUGAAGAAAAGCUCAGUAGUAUUUUUUGUUUUUGCAUUUGUGGCGGCGACAAAUAGUUUGUUAGCAAUAUGCUUUUGAGUAAGAAAGUGUGCUACAACAACUGCAAGCUUUGGUAGUUGUGGAUGGUAAAGCACGCAAGCUUUUCUACAGCACACAAAUGCAAGCGAAUGCAACAGCGGUGCAGUGUUGCAUAAAACGAGACAGAAAUUGUUAUACUUUUUUUUUUUUUUGGAGAAAACCAUACAAGUCUCCUUGCAUACAUACAUACAUAUGUAUGUAUGUUAAAAAGCAGCAUUAUUUGAGCUACUUAUGUACUAUACCAUUUUUUUUUUAAUAAAAUUAGUAUGCACUUCAUUAAAAAAUAGCUUGUUGUGACCAAAAUUAUUUUUAGUAUGUAGAAUUCAUUGUUAUACUUAUUUUAUGCACUCACAUCUUUAACAAAACAAUUUUUAUAUUUAUUUUUGCAUCCCAUUUAUUAAAUAUUAUUACAUAUACACCAAAUACGAUUGUAUAAUGCGAUUAACUAAUUAAUGUAACGCAUAGCCAUCAAACAGUUAUUUAGUUAUUUAAGCUCUUGACAACUGUGUUAAUUUUUAUAAAAUUCACAAAAGCUAUUAAAUCUUAAAUGUUAAGUGGUGAAGCGCAAAACGAAGCUAAACUAUGUAUGUAGAGCGAAAAAUGAAAAUGUUGUAAAAUGCAUGAAAAACAUAUUGAAAGGGAUAUGAGAAUAAAAAUCAAAUAUUGUAAAAGAAGUGGGCGCAUAUAUGUAUUAGAAAUUGAAAAUAUGCAUUGCUUUUACUACAAAAGAAUAACGCCUUUUAUGUAAAACAGGAAUGCGUCUAAUAAAGGAACAAAAUCAGCACAGAAAAA